AUGACACUUGUUCUCUGUAUCCUAAUCGUGUUAUACCUACCAUCAGUGUCAACAACUGCCGGUAUAUUCGACCUUGCAGAAUACCGACGGGUCUCGUAUGACGCAAGUAUCGGAGAAGAUUUCCUCUGGUUCGCUCCAGAUUUAGACAUUCGCGAUGUAACAUCGAAAAAUAUCGACGAGCUUGAAAAGCGAAUAGUUGAAAAUAUUCCUGACGAAUCACUCCCCAAUUAUGUAUUUAUUACGAGUAAAGGAGGCCAGAAAUUUGCAUGCUCUCUGCCGGAUGUUGAGGAUUUGAAGAAGCCGAAGCCUCCGAGAAGCAGUAAGAAUCCAAAGAUCUAUGGAGAUGCUCUAGCAGCCAGUUUUUAUAUCGAAAAGUGUAUACGGCUGCGUGGCAAUCACUGGUGGUCUUACAUUCUCUGCAGAGGGAAUUUGGUGGAGCAAGUGCACGGAGAACGUGGGCAAGAAGGAUACGCCAAGAACAUUUUAGGGAUAUUCGAUGGGAACCUGACAAUGCCUUCUUAUCAAGAAUCCACCGAAGAUCGUCUUCUUUACGUUGAAGAAUCAUACGCCAGUGGAACAUUCUGCGAUCUAGACGAUUAUCGAGAGCCGAGAUCUACUACAGUUAGGUACGAGUGUGAUCCCCAAUUAAGCACUAAUGAAGCAUUACUAUCGUCCGUGGUUGAAGUGAGACCUUGUCAGUAUCUGAUGACAGUGAAAGUUGGAACUCUAUGUCACUAUCCGGAAUUUCUGCCAACAAACCAAGCAAACUCCAAGAGCAUCGGAUGCCAGCCAUAUAUGACUAGGAAGGAUGUGAGAGAACUUUUGGAAAAACAACUUGACGAGAAGAGAAAGAAGGAAGAGGCUAAGCGACACAUCGCUGAUGCUAAAAUAGAAUUCAACAGUGCACUUGAAAGGUACGUGGCAAUGUCGAAAUCUGCUCGGAAAAUGAAUAACGAUGAUGACAUAAAGAAGACCAGCGCAGAAAUGGAUUAUAACGCUGCUCACUUCAAUUUGCUUGUGGCGAACUUGGAAGCCGAAGGAAAGACACUCUCCAAAAAGAAGCUUGACGCCAUGUGGAAACUAUUCACCAGCACUGAUAUCAGUGAUUUCAUGUUUUAUUCUCACUAUGAUUCUAUAAAAGACGAGAAUCGCGGUAACUUAUGGCAUUAUUUUCAUGAUCCAAUGUGGCCAAAAGACUACUUUCCAAAGGAUAUCACUUAUGUGGCUAUUCAAAAUGCAUACAUAGAUGAAGUAACUUUGAAUCUACAAAGCUCCUACGAGUAUGAUUACGAUGAACGCGGUGUUGUUGAAGGAAUUUCCAAGUUCUUGAAAACUGGAAAAAUCGAACUGGAAACGAAUGCAGUGAUUCCUGCAAUGGAAGUAUUUGAAGAAAUUGUCGAUAUGAGUGUCGAUUUCGCACACAAUCGAUACCCGUGGCUUCAUGCUUUUCAUCUAGCAUUUCUAGACGAUAGAGAGGAACCUGGUGUUUUUGAAAAUUUGCUAAAUUCUAUCAUAAAUCCUAAGAAAGGGCUGGAAUACUUUACAUUAGGACGUUUGGCAAGAGGAACAGUUUCUCUGAUGUUCGAUGAUAUUUGGUAUGAUCUGGUGGAUAUCAGCAAGAAUGGAAAGAAAAGCAAAGUGUUGAAUGUGGAUUCGUCAAGAUAUAAAGCAAUAUAUCAAGCGCUCAACAUUAUACCAUAUCCGAAAAAUGGACGAAUGAAAAAAGGAGAACAUACAUUCAAGUACAAUAUAAGUGUGGUGGAGGAAGACACCGGGAUUGAUAUGGAACUUGAGUAUAUGCGUCUUCUAACACCGCUUUAUAAAUUACUGAGUAUCAGCUGGUUCCGACGUGAGAAUCCGGACUACUUCCAUGUGAGUCCGGUUUCGGAGGCGUACCUGAAAGAAGUUGGUAGUGAGGAUUACAUAUUCCAUAAAAACUUGGCACGAGAUAUGGCAUAUUUCGCUGGAAUGCUGAGCUACAUUACACUGAAAAGAGUUUCAGAAUUUGAAGCAUGGAGAUAUGGAAAAAAGAGCAAACUAUUAUCAGCAGAACAGCUGGAAGCUUAUUUAAUGACUAGACCUUUGAAAUUACUCCCAGAGGCUGUAGAAGCUGCAGAGUUUGCGUUGUACUAUGAUGUCGGUCCUGACGUUGUUAAAGCAGCUAAGCAGAAUUUAUGGAUGAGAAAGAUUGAGAAGUAUACAACGAACUACUGGCUCAAAGAUCACAAACUCCGGAAGCAAGCUCAAUCGAUGCAAUCAAUGAUGAAAGAUCUUCUAUCUGUCAAAGAUGAUAGUGCUGCUUUUGUGUCUCUCGGUGGGAAGUCUGGGUCACAAAAGAAAAAGAAGAAAGAACUUAUAGAUGAGAAAAUGUUGAAUAAAAUGCUAUCGAUGGAUUCCUUGGACGACUUGGAGGAUGUGAUAGAGAACCUGAAAGAACGCGCGACGUCUGCUACUUCAGAUGAUGACUUCUCCGACUUGAAUGAGAUGGAACAUGUUUUUGAUCUGCUUGAGAAAGCAGGGCUUAGCAAGAAAACGGAUGUACAAAUCAAACUGUUUGAUGCAGAUGGGAACGAGAUUCAAAGCGAAGAGCUUGAUGAUGUUGCCCGAAGUAUUCUCGUUUCCAGCGACUCGGUGAAUCGUUUCAAAGAUAUUGAAAAGGCGUACAAUCGGAAGAUUGGGAAAGAUUCUGGAGAGGAGGAAGAAGACGAUUGA